CGCUGGCCUCAGUUAGUAUAACAUUACCGGUACGUUCACACGUGCAUCGAGAUCUACACACAAAAUGUUCUCGCCGCGCCUACUAGCGGUCCUCGCGCUAAUCGCAGCCGUCGGCGCCCUGCCGACAGACAAACCUGUACCACGCCCCGUCACCACCAUCACCGAAGACGACGUCGACGACUCCCCCUGGUUCUCCUUCCCCCUCUUCGGAAACCUCUUCGCUCCCCUCUGGCGGCUGCUACCCAGUUUCGGCGAAAUCGGCCCAAAGAUAGUCGCCGACGACAAUAAGUUCCAAGUCGUCGUCAACGUUAAGGACUACAAGAAGGAUGAUUUGAAGGUGAAGGUGAAGAACGACUUCAUCUUUGUCCAGGGAUCGCAUGAAGCCAAGCACGACGACCACGACGUGUUUGCCAGCCAGUUCUUCCACACGUACACCCUGCCCGUGAACUCGAGCGGGUCGGACGUCACUGCGGAAAUUAGCCCUGAUGGAUAUUUGGUGGUGACAGCUCCGCUCAACGGUCCUAACGAGCGUGCUAAGGAUCUUGACAGAGAGGUGCCCAUUACGGAGUCUGCUACUCCGUACUUGAAGGAAGAUAAGACUAAGGUGGAGAAACCUGAAGCCCCGCCCGUCUCAGUGCCAGUGUCAGCAGCCGAGGAUGACCGGAAAGAGCCGACCACCCCAUCCGACCGCGAAGAUAUAACCGAGAAGGAUAACGACAUUCCACACGGAAAUGAGAUUAACCCUUAAAAGUGAUAUACUAGAUGUAAGUUUAAUAUAAAGCAGUAUUUUAAUAAAUAUUUUUUUAUAAAAAGCCA